AUGCUUAAAGCCAUACCAAAGCCUAAAACAUAUGGAUAUCUAAACUCAAACGCCAAUUUAACUGCUGAUACCACUUUAGCAUCAGCCUCAGAAGCCACAUGGAAGGUGUCAACUGAUGUUAUAAGCGAUCUAAAGCAAGGCUUAGUUUCGCUUUUUAACGAUAGUUUUAGUAAGCAACUUCUGGAGACUGCCCAGGGUCAAUCGGAAUCAGAUGUGGGUCUAAUUGAAGCAUUACUAAGAAAAAUUAAACGUUUAGUACAGUUUGUGCCUGUAAAGUAAAAUAUAUUUUGUAUGUUUAGAAUUAAGUUGUUAAAAUACAUGAUUUUUAUAUAAGAA